AUGGGACUUCUACUCUUCUUGCCGGCGGCGGCCGCAGCGCUCUUCACCACCUACCUCAUCUUCGCACAGAUCCGACACACAUCGAAAGAGAAAUCCCUCGGCUGUCAGCCCUCGCCACUCUGGAAACCAUGGGACGUCUUUGGCGUGCAGACCCUCCGGGUGGAGAUGGGUGGGAUGAAGAGCAACCGCCUAUCCUACGCCUUUCUCAAUCGUAAAAACGAAAUGAGCGCCAAACUCGGACGAGACUGCAAGACUUUUCGUGUGAAGUUGCCGCCUGGCGAGACGUGGUAUUACACGUUUGAUCCGAGGAAUUUGCAGGCUGUGUUGGCGACGCAGUUUCAGGAUUUUCAGCAGUCAGCGGCGAGGGUGAAUGCGCUGGAGCCGCUGCUUGGGUUGGGGAUUUUCUCUGCGAAUGGACCUACAUGGGAACACUCUCGAGCUCUUCUGAGACCGCAGUUUAUGCGUGAACAGAUAGCGGAUUUGGACCUCUUCGAGACACAUCUCACGGAUCUUUUGAACGCCCUUCCGAGUGCCUCAGAACAGGGUGAAUGGACUCCCCGUUUCGAUAUCCAGCCUCUGUUGGAGCGGUUCACAAUGGACACGGCCACUGACUUUCUCUUCGGUGAGAGCGUGUACAGUCUGAAAGACGACAGCACAAACACGAGCACCCUGGUCACCAAGAAAGAGAUGUUGCAGUUCGUCGACGCUUUCUUCACUGCCGAGAAGACAACGGCCAAGUCGAUGAUCUUGGGCGACCUGUUCUGGUUGAUCCACGAUCAGAAGUUCAAAGACCAGUGCAAAGUCGUCCACAACUUCGUCGAUACGUAUGUACUGCGUCGUUUGAAAGGCGGCGGCUCAGAGAAGAAGCCAAUGACGGGAAAGUACGUCGUUCUGGAUGCUCUUGUCGCGGACGUCGAUGAUCCAAAGGAGCUACGUUCCCAGCUCUUGAACAUCCUCCUGGCCGGGAGCGACACCAUCUCGGGAACACUGGGGUUUUGUUUGGCUUCAUUGGCACAGUAUCCGCAUAUCUUUAAGAAGCUUCGCAACAUCAUCGUCGACGACUUUGGAUCUUUCGAUCGGCCGAAGGAGAUCACGCUCAGCCGGCUGAAGAAUUGUUCGUAUCUUCAGUGGUUCUUGAACGAGGUCCUGAGAAUGUAUCCUGCGGUUCCUGUGAACUUCCGUGAAUCCGCGAAGGAUACAUCGCUACCGUUCGGUGGUGGCCGUGAUGGGACGUCGCCGGUAUUUAUACCCAAAGGUCAUCUUGUUGCAUGGGAGCUCUGGACAAUGCACUCCGAUCCAGAAUUUUGGGGCCCCGAUGCCGACCGCUUCGAUCCCGAGCGAUGGGAGGGUCGCAAACUUGGUUUCCACUACCUUCCCUUCAACGCUGGUCCUCGGAUAUGUAUAGGCCAACAAUUCGCUCUCGCUGAGGUCGCAUAUGUUAUGGUGAGGCUUCUGCAAAAGUUCGAUGCGAUUGAUGGGUCUGCUUUGCCAAAGGGGCGAUUGCCAUGUGAUUGGAAACUGGUGGACAAGGUGGCUGGAGGUGUGAAUAUCAGGCUGCAUCGUGCAGAUAGUUCCUUUUGA